GGUUGCUGCGGCCGGUGGCCCCGAGCGGCCCCGCCGACGGCUUGCCCCAGCUCUGCCACUCGAUCAUGUGGGCCACGCGGCCCUGGGCCAUGGCCGUGGGCUUGGUCACCUUGUCCUUCAUGGAGCGCGUCACGCCUGAAGUGCCAACUGCUAUUUUCACGGAGAAUGCAGCGUUGUGGACAAAUGGUGCGAACAAGGGAAAAAGAAGCCGUAAGCACAAAGCAUGGACGGGAGCGCCACCAGCAGACACAUCACCACACGAGCCGCAAGAACCGGACCAACGGCACCGAGGGGUGACAGAGUGUCCUGACCCGCCUGCGAGACGCUCGACUCGUUCUUCUCGGCUUCAAAUCAACUGAGACCUCAGUGUGGGCGAUGCUGUGCAUUUGCGCAGGCGCACUCGUCCUCCCAGAUUGUGUUGGGUUUUAAAUCCCCCGGCCCAACCUCCUCCCACGCGGUCUGUCCCGGACUGGAUUAUCUCAUCAUCGCGCAUCCGAGAUGUCCACUUCAAACGCAGCAGGAACCCCGGGAGCGACCGAUCCCGAAGGCGGAGCACCGGCUGCGGCCCCCAAUUUGACCAGCAACAGGCGACUGCAACAGACGCAGGCGCAGGUGGACGAGGUGGUGGACAUCAUGCGCGUGAACGUGGACAAAGUUCUGGAGCGUGACCAGAAGCUGUCGGAGUUGGACGACCGUGCAGACGCUCUGCAGGCCGGAGCCUCGCAGUUUGAGAGCAGCGCCGCCAAGCUCAAGAACAAGUACUGGUGGAAGAACUGCAAGAUGAUGAUCAUCAUGGCCGUGGUGGGCGUCAUCUUUUUGGGCGUCAUCUUCUUGUAUUUCUUCUACUGAGCCAAACUUUCGGUCCGCCUCAACUUCACCUUCAGUUCCCACCCCGCUCUUCACCGACGUCUUCCUCGCAAACUCCCACGCUCACGAGACUCUCAGCUUGCUUUCUUGGUGUUUAUUUGCCCUUCAGCACAUAAAAGUGGAAUUGAGCAGACGGACAGGGUCCUCCAAACUCCGUAGUUUACCUGGCUAGCCGAAUUAGCACUGUCAAGCGCCAAGACGAUGAGCAAGAAGCUGACGAGGCGAGGCACAGGCAACAAAACAGUCACACUGGCCUGAAUCGAAAAACAUCACUUGAAAAACGCUUUGCAUAUCUUUACCGUUGUUCAAAUGAGACUUUAUUUCAAAUAGUGACAAAUGGACAAGUGUCUUUACAUUAUCAUUUGGCUUACACGCGACUCUAGACGCAACUCACCGUCCACUGUUACUGCAAAUGAUUUUGCCUAUUUACAUCCAAAGACACAAAUGUAAAUAUAAAGACUAUGUGCACCGGAGGUGAGGAGGAGAGAGUCCUUUUUCUCACGGGUCCUCUGUCAAAAAAAAUGAACAGAAAAAAAAUCCCACUUAUCAAUAUUAAUAUUUCAUCUGUCAUUUGGCCCUCUAUUAAAGGAUUAUUUACAACUGGA